AUGAGGAGUACCCUGCGCAAACUUGAGCAGUUCCGAGAAGACCUGCUUCUGAUGGCAGGGGACCUGAAUGUUUCCCUGGAACCACAGCUGGACACAUCCACGGGUAGUAGCUCGCUGCCUCACCACAGCCUACGAGGUAACAAGGAAGCACUGCAGGGAUCGGGUCUGAUGGACAGCUGGAGGGUGUUACACCCCGCAGAAAGAGACUACUCUUACUUCUCCACGGUUCACAAGAGGUACAGUAGACUAGACAUUAUUUUCCUCGCACAAGAAUUCUUACCCCUUCUCGUAUCAGCGGAAAUAAAGACGAUGGGGUGAUCAGACCACGCACCCAUAUCGACCUGCAUAAAGCCCCCCCUAUUCCGACCUAA